AUGGCCUCCGUUAACUUGCCAGUUCAGUCCGAUGAGUCGAAAAUAUGUGUGGUGAUGGUGGGCCUCCCGGCCCGAGGCAAGAGCCUCAUCGCGGGAAAAGCCAUGCGAUAUCUGGCCUGGGUGGGUGUCCAGGCUCGGGUUUUUAAUGUCGGCAGCUACCGCCGCAACAACACCCCACAGCCGCAGGCUACCUUCUUUGAUCCGCACAAUGCAGAAGGAGAGCGCAUGCGACGUGCAGCAGCAGAGAUGGCCAUGACCGACAUGCUGCAGUGGUUCAAGUCAAGCAAGGGGGUGGUGGCUAUCCUGGAUGCCACCAAUUCUACCCAGGACCGACGAAAGUGGAUCUACGAGAAGUGUCGUGAUGCCGACAUUGAAACCCUCUUUGUCGAGUCCAUCUGUGAUGAUGAGGAUCUGAUCAUGACCAACAUCCUGGAAGUCAAAACCACUUCUCCCGACUACAAGGGCCAGGACCCCGAGCUGGCUGCCUUGGAUUUCCGCCGCCGAAUCCGCAACUAUGAAAAGGCAUAUGAGACCAUCGACGACAACGAGAAGCACUACACCUAUGUCAAGCUCAUCAACGUCGGGUCCACCGUGAUCAUCAACCAGAUCAAGGACUAUCUUUCCAGCCGCCUUGUGUACUACAUCCAGAAUCUCCAUAUCAAGCCCCGCUCGAUCUGGUUGUCUCGACAUGGAGAAUCUGAAUACAACCUCACUGGGCGUAUUGGCGGCGAUUCCAGCAUCUCGGAGCGCGGCGAGGCCUAUGCUCGCGCACUGCCUGAGCUCAUGCGCAAAUCUGGGAUUCCACCCAACACCAAGAUUGUCAUCUGGACAUCAACGCUUCGCCGUACGAUCCAGUCAGCCCGCCAUUUGACCGCGGAAACGGGAUUCGAGAAGCUCGAGUGGAAGGCGCUGGAUGAGCUCGACUCAGGGGUAUGCGACGGCCUGACCUACGAGCAAAUCGCUGAGAAGUACCCGGAAGAUUUCGCUGCCCGUGACGAGGACAAGUACAACUACCGCUACCGCGGCGGCGAGUCCUACCGUGACGUGGUGAUUCGGCUGGAACCCAUCAUCAUGGAACUUGAGCGCAGCGAGAACGUUGUGAUUGUCACACACCAGGCGGUGCUGCGCUGCAUUUACGCCUACUUCAUGAACGUGCCCCAGGAAAAGAGCCCCUGGAUGGAGGUGCCUCUGCACACACUCAUCAAGCUCACCCCGCGCGCCUAUGGUACCGAGGAACAGCGCUUUAAGGCUGACAUCCCGGCCGUCUCGACCUGGCGUGGCAAGGGCACCUCGGCGAAGCAUCAGGAGUUCCCGGCGGACAGCAAACCAUAG